CACGCCCGCCUCGCUUCCUCUCAUCGCAUGAGUUGACAUGGAUAGAAAAGAGCAGAAGCUUUGAACUGUCCCAACAGACUCCAGUCCUACCGAAGGGAGACAAGUGGAGUGGAUAACCCAGUCAGACGAGAUCGCUAAUUAGACUACACACAGACUCGAAUACAUCGCUACAGUCAGUCCUCUCAUGCACCGUCCCGUUUCAUCUGUCGCCUCUGUCGUUAUUAUAUGAUUAUUAUUGCGGCCGCUCGCACCUUGUUAUUCCGGUGGGGAGUAAAUCUAUAUGGCCGCGACGCUGAUCACGAUGAGCGCUGGGACCGGGACCGGGCAGGACGAGAUGUUCUACACCCUGCUCAAGCCCAUGCUUUCGGAAGGCUUCCCGGCCGAGGAAUCGGCUCUGUUCGGUUUCGAUACCAAGAACCUACUGACGGAAAGGAGUGGACAGAGUGAAUACGUGCACCAGACAGGGAAGAGUGAACUGGAUAAGUACCUCUCCCCCCAGACGCCGCUCCUGAUGUCCCAUCCUGACCCUCCAGAGCAGAACAAGUCUCGGCGGGACAGUGCCUCUGUGAUGGAUCACUUCUUUGGCGACGACCAGGGCGGAUCUCCUUACAGCAUCAACAUGAACGUCUUCCUACCCGACCUGGCAUACCUGAGGAUGGGCUUGUGUCGGCCGGCACGCCCAGGGCCUGGGGGUAACGGUGGAGGCAUGGGCCAGCAGGUCAAAACAGAACCCCCUGCCUCCUCUCCCUUCACCCAUCCUCACCCUCACUGCCCCAGCAGUAGCGUCCACAGUAACAGCAUCAGCCUUUCCACGGUAACGUCGGUGUCUUCUUCGUUACCAGAGUUCACUAGCGUGUUCAGCCCGUCGGGUGGUGGUGACCCGACCUCUGACGCCGUGGCAACGGGCGGUUCUGUUUACGUGAAGGAGGAGCUGGGGUCGUUCGAUCUGCCUCACGACGACUCUCUGUUCCAGUUGCUCUCUGCGGAGCUGGACUCCGCCCCUCUCGCGCCCAUGCAUCACCAUGGCAACAAUGCUCAUCACCGGGCGGGGCAGCAUCACGGAGGUUCCGGUCCCUCGCCCAUCAUGCACACCUUCCACGACCUACACUUAGCCGCCCAGGCCCAGCAGCAACACCAACAACUACAGAGUGCCAAGGCAAGCUACUGUGGUGGGCUGCACAACGUGGGAGGGGCCUACCCUCACCCUCACUUCCUCCAGCAGCCCCAGCACCAUCAGGCCAAGGCCCCCUACCUGCCCCCCUCUCCUCCCAGCUCAGAGCCCAGCUCCCCAGAUCGUCAGAAGGACCUCCUUCAGAACCUCUCCCCUCCCCCUUCCUAUGCCGCCACUAUCGCCUCCAAGCUGGGAGUCAGCGUCUCCCCCAGUCUUUCCCCCACCGGUGUGGCUCGGCCCCCAGCCUCAAGUCUAACUCCAGCCCCAGGCUCCGGCCCAGCUCCAAGCCUGAACCAGUCCAUGCAGGUCCGCUACAACCGCAGGACCAACCCAGACCUGGAGAAGAGGAGGAUACACCACUGUGACUUCCCAGGAUGUAAGAAAGUGUACACCAAGUCUUCCCAUCUGAAAGCCCACCUGAGGACCCACACUGGUGAGAAGCCGUACAGGUGUUCGUGGGAUGGAUGUGACUGGCGUUUCGCCCGUUCUGAUGAGUUGACUCGUCACUUCAGGAAACACACAGGGGCCAAACCGUUCCAAUGCUCUGUCUGCUCUCGCUCCUUCUCCCGAUCGGAUCACCUGGCCCUGCAUAUGAAGAGGCACCAGAACUAACACACACACAAAACACUAGCUUGAAUCACAAGGACAUGCACUCAAAUCAGGAAACGUUCAACCUAAACUGUACAGUGGUACAAAACCACUUUUCUGGAAGAUACCUUAUAGUCUUUAUCUUGGCCAGGUCGCAGUUGUAAAUGACAACUCGACUGGCCUACCUGGUUAAAUAAAGGUGAAAUUAAAUUAAAUAAGUCUAGACCAGUGGCUCCCAAACUGUGGGCAGGGACCCACUUUUGGACAGAACCCCCACCCCACCUAAGCCCCAUUUUCACCCAGGAGAAACCCUGCAUUGUCACGAAUAAUUUCAGAAUUCUACAGUACAUUUCUUGACAUUGGUCACCAGUACAUUCAGUUGAAUGUGUUGAAGACGAGGGUGGUUAUUCAUCUCUGUUUUUAUAUUUAGUCUCUGUUGUUCUCCCACCGCUCAACCCUUAUGAUGGGUCGCGACUCAAGAGACUCCUCAAUUUCUUUUUUUUGGGGGGGGGACAAUGGGUUAGACUACAGUAUAACUUAUUAUCUG